AUGGCCGCAGCCCGUCGCUCGCCCGGGACCCGCCUGCUGUUGGUCUACGUGGGACUGCUGGCCGCCGUCGCCGCAGCGGGCCUCGCGUCCCCGGAUUCUGGCGCACCUGCAGACAGCCGCGCCCUGGAGGAGCCGCCGCCAGGGAACGAGAUGCCCGUGGGCCGCGCCCACGACGGUGCAGGGCCGCCCGCCCGCGUCCCGGCGCCCACCGCGGCUAGAGCUCGCAGCAUCGACCCCCGGGAUGCCUGGAUGCUGUUCCUGAGGCAAAAUGAGAAGGGCGUUAAUGGCAGGAAGGCGAGCAGGGGCGGGGCCAAGAAACCGAAGCUUGGCCAGCCAGGGCCCAUCAUCUCUGCAGACACCCUGCUGAAGGCGUUCCAGCUGCUGCUGAGAGGCGUUGUGCAGCAGCGUGAGCGUGUGGACCCUGAGCCUUGCACACGAAGCCCCAGCCCGGCCCCGAGCACCGCCAGGGAGGAGGAGGCGGAGGCGGCGGCAGAGGACGUGCUGGCGCUGCUGGCCGCGCCCCUGGCCACAGGUCCGCGCGUGGAAGCCGCCUUCCACGGCCGCCUGCGCCGGGACGCUUCGGUGGAGCGGCGCGCGCUGCACGAGCUGGGCGUCUACUCCCUGCCCGACGCCGAGGGCUCCUUCCGCCGCGGCUCCGGCCUCAACUUGACCAGCGGCCAGUACACGGCACCCCUGGCUGGCUUCUACGUGCUCGGCGCCACGCUGCACGUGGCGCUGGCCCAGCCUCCGAGGCGGGGGUCGCCACGGCCCCGGGACCACCUGCGCCUCCUCAUCUGCAUUCAGUCCCGCUGUCAGAGCAACGCAGCACUGGAAGCUGUUGUGGGUUUAGAGAGCAGCGGUGAGCUCUUCACUGUCUCGGUCAAUGGCAUCCUCUAUCUAAAGACAGGCCAGUACACCUCCGUGUUCCUGGACAACGCCAGCGGCUCCUCUCUCACGGUGCGCAGCGGCUCCUAUUUCAGUGCUGUCCUUCUGGGUGUGUGAGCGGCCACCACAGGCCCUGCCUCUUGUCCAGCAAAGGGAGUGGCGACCCACAGGAAG